AAGUGUUUCCAUUUUCAAUCCGAUCUUUCCACACAUCAGAGAUCUCACACAGGGGAGAAGCCGUAUUCCUGUCCUGAGUGCAGGAAAUGUUUUUCACGGAAGUCCGAUCUUUACAUACAUCAGAGAUCUCACACGGGGGAGAAGCCGUAUUCCUGUCCUGAGUGUGGGAAAUGUUUUUCACAGAAGUCCAUUCUUUCCAAACAUCAGAGAUCUCACACAGGGGAGAAGCCGUAUUCCUGUCCUGAGUGUGGGAAAUGUUUUACUCAGAAGUCCAAUCUUUACAUACAUCAGGGAUCUCACACGGGGGAGAAGCCGUAUUCCUGUCCUGAGUGUGGGAAAUGUUUUUCACAGAAGUCCUAUCUUUCCAAACAUCAGAGAUUUCACACGGGGGAGAAGCCGUAUUCCUGUCCUGAGUGUGGGAAAUGUUUUUCAGUGAAGUCCCAUUUUUCCAGACAUCAGAGAUCUCACACGGGGGAGAAGCCGUAUUCCUGUCCUGAGUGCGGGAAAUGUUUUUCACGGAAGUCCAAUCUUUCCACACAUCAGAGAUCUCACACAGGGGAGAAGCCGUAUUCCUGUCCUGAGUGUGGGAAAUGUUUCUCAGUGAAGUCCUAUCUUUCCACACAUCAGAGAUCUCACACGGAGGAGAAGCCGUAUUCCUGUCCUGAGUGUGGGAAAUGUUUCUCAGUGAAGUCCAAUCUUUCCACACAUCAGAGAUCUCACACGGGGGAGAAG